AUGACAAUGACCCUUAAGCUCUUAUCUCUCGCCGUCGCCGCCUUGGCCAUAACCGCGGUUUUCGCCGCCGAUGCUCCAACACCAGCCGGAGCGCCGAAAUCUAGCGACGACAAAAGCUCAACCAGUCAUUCUCCCGCCGCCUCAGCAUCCCCAAAAUCAUCCGCCUCCGCCCCAACCUCGCCGCCUGUGGCUUCUGCUCCGACCACUGCCAAGAAAAACUCCACCGCCACUCCAAGCCAUUCCCCAUCUUCAGGUGGAGGCGCCACCGCAAAGCCUCCGAAAUCGUCGUCCUCCAAAACUCCAGCUUCAAGCCCCGACCCAAGCUCCGGCGAUUACCCCGAAGGUCCCUCCGGCUCCUCCGACUCACCCUCCGCCUCGUCUCCGCCAGCUCCGACUCCAGACAUGUCCCCGUCGUCGUCUACCGAAGAUGGAAGCGCUAGCGACGGCCCUGAAGCUGAAUCUCCGGCGGGAAGAGCCUCAUCGCUCGAGAUCUCUGUCUCCGGAUCAGUUCUCGCGGCAGUUGCAUGGUUCUUCUUCAUAUGA